GGACAAAAAGGAAAAAUGUUAGGACAAUUAGAAUUAUUUUCUUCAUUUUUAUCAGGCCUUGCGGCAAUGGCAUAUUUACAUAAUUUCUUCGUUUCCGUAUUACUAUAUCGAGCAGGUCAUGCAAAUGUGUCAAAUAUUUUAAAAAUAGUAUUCAAUUUUAGUGGAAUAGCAAGAUCAGUGAUUAAUUAUUCUUCGUUAAUGGUUUCACAAAAUAUCUCACUUACUCAAUGCUCGGCUUUAACGUAUUUACAAGCUUUAGCAAAUUUUUUUUAUCGACAAGCUUUGAUGGGCUUUUUGUUGUGGAGAUUAAAACAGAUCGAGUACUCUGUCUGGGAUCGAUGGAUCAGUUUUGGAUUGUUUAUCACUAGAACUUUAUUAAACCUCGCGUUCUUUGGAUAUCAAAAUCCACAAUUAAUAACAACCUCAGAAAAUUCCUACCCAACAUGCGAUUCAGAACAUCAAGUUGGUGCACUACCAAUUUAUUUAAGUUUUGUGGGAAUUGAUUUUAUCAUAGAUUCAUUCGUAACUAUUCGUCUGGUUCAAAUAUUAACCGAGGGAAAUCGAAGUGCAGCAGAAGUUAACUCGAUAAUUGGUAGAAAACCUACAUCGAAAAGAACAUUAUUCACUGCCGUUUUGUACUGGAAUUUUUUAAGAUUGACCAUAGAUUUUUUAUAUAAUGCUAUAACUGUUAUCAUGGCUGUGGAAAAUACUUCAAUUAACUCUUCUUUAUUGAAUGCUGCCAUGUGUUUUGUGACUAUUACUCAAUCUUACUUGAUAACUGUUGAUGCUGAAAUCGUUAAAGUUAUUGAAGGCACAGGAACGCGGGACGUCCCUCCUUCACCUUCAUCACCGACUAGAUCAAUUUCAAAAUAUCAAAGAAUUAUUAAACCUUUUAAUCGUCGAUCACAAUAUACACCACCAUCCGCAUGGAUACGAGAAUCCAUGUUGGGGCAACGACAAACUGGUUCUUUUCAACUUGAUAAAGGAAAAAUUGUUGUAGUAUCAAUGCAAAGAUUAUCAUUUUUUGAAUGGGCUAAUAUGGUAACUGGUGCUGAUGAUAAUUGUAAAGCUGUUAAUAAUGAUAAUGAAUAUCAAACUAAACGAAUUAAAUCUGGUAGAGGCGGAAUAAUCAAUAAUUCUCAAAGUGUCGGAAUGGACUCUGUUAGGUUAAUGGGUAGUAAAAACUCAUUGAUACCCGAAUCUGCUCAUAUAAGUCAAUCAAGACGUGGAAGUGAUACCUCAACAAUGUCAAAUUCUUCUUUGCAAACCAAAACAAAUGAUACUACUCAUUUUAUUAAUGAUUUAAAUUACAAACAAUCUUUUAUAUGA